AUGUCCUCCACCACCACUGCCGCUGUCGGGAACGAUCUCUCAACUCCCACACUCGACACCGAAUCUUCAAACCUCCUCCAAACAAUCUCAUCCCACGGCGGCUACGCCUACGUCAGAAUGUCAACGCUCGCCGCCUCCGGGGACUUCAGAGCGGCAGAGGCAGCGAGAGAGAUGGCGUGGGAGCAACUUCACUCUGGUCCAUGGCACUCCGUGCUGCCAGUCUGGCGUGAUGCAUACUCAAUGGCGUGCUUACUCGUGGCGAAGUUUCAUUAUCGAAAUGGCGAGUUCAAAGAGAUGCUUAGGGUUUUGGAUUUGGCAUUGAUUAUGGGAGGCGUGCUGUUGAGGAAGGAUUUGGAAUCUGCGAUUGAAAUUGUGACAGCAAAAUCGAGAGAAAAGGACAGCGAGGGUUUUGAGAAAGGACCAAAGUGUGAAUUUGUUGAUGAAGGGGCAGAGUUUGAUAAAGAGGAGGUGCUUCAUGUAUUGCCAGUGAAGUCCUUGUCUAGUAAGAUUGUGGUGAAGAAAUCUGGUCUAUCUUUAGAGGGCUUUUUACGCGAACAUUUUCUAUCUGGUUCUCCAGUUAUAAUUAGUGAUUGUAUGGCUCAUUGGCCUGCCAGGACAAAGUGGAAUGAUAUGGAUUACUUGAAAAGGGUUGCUGGUGACCGCACAGUUCCAGUUGAGGUUGGGAAAAACUAUCUAUGCCAAGAGUGGAAACAGGAGCUUAUAACAUUUUCACAAUUUCUCGAGAGGAUUCAUUCCAAUAACUCUUCUUCUGCUGUCGCUACAUAUCUAGCACAGCAUCAAUUGUUUGAUCAGAUUGAUGAGCUACGGAAGGACAUUUGCAUUCCUGACUACUGCUGUGCUGGUGGUGGUGAGCUUAGGUCUCUUAAUGCUUGGUUUGGUCCAGCUGGGACGGUGACCCCAUUGCACCAUGAUCCACACCAUAAUAUACUUGCUCAGGUUGUUGGCAAGAAGUAUAUCAGGCUCUACCCUGCUUCAGUGUCAGAGGAACUUUAUCCAUACAAUGAGACUAUGCUUUGCAAUUCAAGCCAGGUCGACCUAGACAACAUAGACCAUGGACAAUUUCCAAAGGUGCAAGACCUAGAAUUCUUGGAUUGCAUUUUAGAGGAAGGCGAAAUGCUUUACAUCCCGCCAAAAUGGUGGCACUAUGUCCGAUCUCUAACUAUCAGUUUUUCAGUUAGCUUUUGGUGGAGCAACUCUGAAAGUUCAGAUGCAUCGUGA